CCUUACUACAUCGGCUUGGUCAUGACUGACAACGAGGACGUGAGCGGGGCCUUCGUCACCCUCAGGGUCUUCAGGGUCUUUCGGAUUUUCAAAUUUUCGCGGCACUCCGCGGGACUGCGCAUCCUGGGGUACACGCUCAAGAGCUGCGCGUCCGAGCUGGGCUUCCUGCUCUUCUCGCUAACCAUGGCCAUCAUCAUCUUCGCCACCGUCAUGUUCUACGCGGAGAAGAGCUCAUCCGCCAGCAAGUUCACCAGCAUACCGGCGGCUUUCUGGUACACCAUCGUCACCAUGACAACGCUGGGAUAUGGAGACAUGGUUCCUAAGACCAUCAUGGGAAAGAUCUUCGGCUCUAUUUGUUCUUUGAGUGGCGUGUUGGUGAUCGCUCUUCCAGUUCCCGUCAUUGUGUCCAAUUUCAGUCGGAUCUACCAUCAGAGUCAGCGCGCAGAGAAGCGUCGUGCCCAAAAGGCAUCAAAAGAGGCUGGCCAAGCUUUGGUAUGUAAGGCCAACCCCACUUUUGAUACCCAUCAUCACCAUCUUCUGCACUGCUUGGAGAAAACCACGAAUCAUGAGUUUGUGGAUGAGCAAACUUACGAGACAAACUGUAUGGAGGUUUCCCUAACGAAGCCGUCCAUGUCCCGUUCCUCCUCGCUGUCCUCCUCUCCACACGGCCUGUCCUCCUGCUGCACGCGCAGAAACAAGCGCAAGAGCUUCAAUGUCACCAAUUCCAACUUGGCCGGCGGCCGCAGGAGCAGUAUACAGGAGCUCAGCACCAUCCACAUCAGAGAGAGACCAAUGAGCAACAGUCGCUCCAGUCUCAAUGCCAAGUUUGAAGAGACGGUGCCCCUGAAUUCAGAAGAGCAAUCCUACAUCACUGCCGCUGUCAUCAGCAUGCCCACCCCGCCUGUGACCACACCCGAGGGCGGAAACUCAGCCAGCUCGCCUGACUUCUUGCAAAGCAACAUUGUCAGGGUGUCGGCGUUAUAGACCGUCCGCCGUGACCAUUAGCCAUUUUAUUUAGCGAGUGGAUGCUGGAGCGGAAAGGAUCGACGGAGCCCCUAGUGUAGUGGAGGAGGCACUGCAGCAGGAUGGGCCAUAGCUAGUUUUUUUUUUUUUUUAAAUCAGCUCCUGCCCAGAGCUCUCCGUCUCUGUGAGCUCCAUCAGCUCCAACUCUAGGCCCAUACAUCAUGUGACUCAUGCUGGGGUCCAAUAAGCUUUCACUCAACCCAUAGAGGAAAACAGUGAACAUUGUGUUUGUUACAGCUUCUAUAAUUUUUCAGUAUUGUGAGUCUUUGAAUCUGUUGUCUUCAGUUUGAUGGGAUCGGCAGAUAUUUGGGACGAAUAAGGAGUGUGCCAGCAGGGGCGGGAUUUUACAAGCUUUUACACAGCUGUACACACUUUUGAUACUACAAAGUAAAGCUGGGCUCUACUAGGGUGUGCUGUCGGAUGCUUUUGCGUGCGUGUGUGAUCGAGACCGAUCUCUUGCAUGUUUUGCAUAAGUCUUUGUCUUUUUUUCAAUUCGGCAUGAGCAAUAAGGAUUGGCUCUUUCUGUCAGAAUGUGUGCUUUUUACUUUUGCCUAGUUAUAUAGUAUUGAUCUUUCCAACCCAACGAGUGUGUAAAAACAGCUGUUUUGAGAGAUUAACCUGAUGAUACAGGUGAUAAACAAAGAAAAUCUCGUCUCACACUCUCUCUGUCCCACCCAUGUUGUGUUCAUUCCUUGCC